AUGUCAGUAAUCACUUUAACUAAAGACUCUCAUAUCAAUCCUCAACCGUAUCGAAUUAAAUUUAAAGAUGCGAAUGCGGUAUUAGGUGCAAAAUCAAAAAUUCCAAUCAAUGAUGAUUUACCAAUAUUAGAAACAGAAUCAAAAGUGGCCAUCAUCGGAGGUGGGUUUGCUGGAAUUGCCACUGCUAUAACAUGUUUAACUAAAUUAAAUGAAGAUGAUAUUGCCAUCUUUGAAAAACAUGAUAAUUUUGGAGGGACGUGGUAUGCUAAUACUUAUCCUGGAUGCGCAUCAGAUAUACCUGCAUUAUGGUAUUCAUUUUCAUUUGCAUUAAAUAGUAAUUGGAGUAGAAUCCAACCCCCUCAGUAUGAAAUGGAAGAAUAUAUCUUGGAAGUGGUGAAACAGUAUCAAUUAAGAAAAUACGUUCAUUUCAAACGUUCAGUAACAAAAUUACAGUAUAAUGAAAAGGCUGCAAAUUGGACGAUUUAUAUGAGAGAUUUAACCAAUGGUCAAUUAAUCAAGCAUACUGCUAAGAUUGUGGCCUCAUGUCAAGGUGGAUUAGUUAAUCCUCAUCAUUUUCAAGCUGAAGGGUUAGAAAAUUUCGAAGGAGAAUAUAUGCAUUCUGCUAUAUGGAAUCAUGAUAUAUCACUUGAAGGUAAAAAUAUUGCUGUGAUUGGUAAUGGAUGUUCAGCAAAUCAAGUUAUCCCUAGUCUUUUGAAAAGUUAUAAUCCUAAAUCUAUUACUCAAAUUGCAAGAUCAAAACAUUAUAUUAUGCCCCCACUUCCUUAUAUCAUUCAAUUCUUGUAUCAAUUACUUUCAUUUUCUUAUGUGGGAUUAUAUUUAAUUCGUACCAUUGUAUCAGUAUUCAAUGAAGCAAGAUAUCCCCUUACUAAAUAUGGCUAUUAUUCAAGUAUACUUCGAUUUUUAUUAAGAAAUCAAUCAUUAUAUUAUAUGAGAAUAACCGCUCCACAAAAAUAUCAUGAUAUGUUAAUCCCCAAUUAUAAAAUUGGAUGCAAAAGAAUUAUUUUCGAUUAUGAAUAUUUACCCUGCUUGCAUGAUGAAAGAAUGACACUCACCAAUGAACCAAUCAGUCAUAUCACCAAGGAUUCCAUUGUAUUCAAGAAUAAUACCGAACUUAAAGUUGAUGUCAUCGUGGCAUGUACAGGUUAUGAUUUUAGAAGAAGUUUCCAUACCUAUGAAUUAAUUGGUCGUAAUAAUGUAAAUAUCGGUGAUCUUUGGAAAAAGGAAGGAGCCAGUGCUUAUAAAACAGUAUUAGUUAGAGAUUGUCCAAAUUUCUUCUUUAUUGGAGGUCCCAAUGCAUCACCAGGUCAUUCAUCAGUAGUGACAUCCAUUGAAAGUAGUUGUAUCUAUUUUGAAAAAUUAGCUUCACAAAUCUUAUCUUAUAGAUAUGAUUCAAUUUGUAUCAAGACAGAUAAGUAUAAUCAAUGGGCUAAAUCAGCCCAAGAAGAAUUACAAAAAGCAGUAUUCGGUACUGAGUUUGGGGGUUGUUCUUCAUGGUAUAAUGAAGAUAAAUUCAAUUCAGCUACAUAUCCCUAUUCCCAAGUCCAUUUCUGGUACGUCAUGAGUCACCCCGUCUACGAUGACAUGGAACUUCAAAAGAGGUUUUAA